AUGGUUGAAAAGGACGCACAGCUCAGUGCUUUAAAUAUUGGAGAGCUAGACUUGUAUGUUCAAAGUAUGGAACAUUGGCAUUUAGAUGCUAUUGGAAAUCAAGCCUGGAUAGACUGGCAUAUUCGGCUACAGAAGCUGAACCAACAAGCAGUUCUCGAAGCUUCAUCUAUGCAAGAAGAACUGACAAAAGAAACUCUUAUCUCAUAUGGGAAGCUUCCCGUGUUAGUUCACGAAGCAAUUUGCAUUCAAGUUUGGCGCUUAAAAAUCUACCCGCAAAUAAUGAAAUUAGAACCCGCACCCGCUAAUACUUUCGGUAUUUAUAUGGUGCUGUACCACGAGGCUGCAGCCAUAGGGCUGUUAGAAACAGUACUUUUCCAUGAAGACGGCGCUCAAUGUAUCAGUGAAGUUGCCAUUGAUUUGCUCCAUUACUCCGUUGAUCAGCUCACUGCUCUUGUCGCCAUUAUUAACAAUGGAUAUUUAAAGCCUUUGUCUGUUAAGGACUUAGAAUGUGAGACUGCAGCUGAAGAGCUCGAGCGCCAAAAGAAAGACUUGCAGUUCGACAUUAGUAUGAGAUGUAUAUCUAUUGUUCGCUAUUUAGCAGAACAUAUGGAAGCGGCAGGUAUCGGUGCCUCAAUAUCAACGAACUUAUAUAAAACGUUUGACGUUCCAUCACUUCUGUGCCAUCUUAUACAGCUACAGCCAUGGCGUAAAGUCAACGACAAGGGGGACAUACAAAUAUUUAACUUUGGUCGCUGGUCCAAGUCGACUGAGGACGACCUCUCUCAACUGCAUCGUACCGAGGCGCAACUUUGGCUCUGCCUUCGUCAGUUACUUCUAGAACCAAGAUUACCACAUCACUACACUAUCGAUGAAUGCCGUCGUUCAGCCUUUUGUUCGCUUCAAGCAAAAAUCACAGAUGCAAUGUUAGACCAAGUACCACCGCUAGGCGAUUUGAAAAUGUUUCUGUGCCGACUCGCCGUUGGCGAUUACUCCAGUCUGCACAAUCGUACUAAUGGCGUCAAGAACCCGGGAUGUACGCUUAUCGAAGUAGUUCCACAGAUAAAAAAUAAGUAUAUGAAAGAAGUACACAAACGAACUAAAACGUUAGCUAAAGCACAGCUUGAGUAUUUCAAAAUGGAUGGCUCGGAUACAUCAAGAAAUAUGGCGAAGAUGCUUCUAGAAUCGUACACUAGUGACGCUGCACUUGCCUUGGAUAGUGGUGGGGCAAAGUGCGCUAAAUGCGGAGAUAAAGCAAGUAAAAAGUGUUCAAGAUGCAAAACUGAAUGGUACUGCGGCAGAGAAUGCCAAGUACAGCAAUGGCCCAAGCAUAAAGAACUUUGUGAUCAAUUUGCCAAGCUGUGUAUGUGAAACAAAAUUUUCUGUGGUCCUUCUGUAAUGAUUUUUAUUAAGAAUGUAGGGUUGAAUUUAUAGCUCUUGAAGCUAUUUGUUCUAAUUAAGCCUUAACUAUGGUACAACUUUUACGUUACUGACUAGAUAUUAAUAAAACAAAUUAUAGAUUU